AUAUCAAGCUGCAGAUCUAUGGAUGGCAUCUGUGAAGGAGGUGUGGUAAAGACUUAGCAAGGGGGAAGGCAGGCUAUAAGAAUACAGACUCCACGCAAACUGGAUCAGAGCAAAAGUUUUUCCUGUGAAGACAUCGUGGGGGAUCCUGAAUGUGAGCAUCAAACAAGCAGAAACAGUGAGGAGCGCAGCAACCAUGAAACUCCACGUUCUUGUCAUCCUUCUGUUUUUCACCUGCAUGUACCUAAGUGUGGCACAAGGCUCUUAUGAUAACUGCUGCCUUGGCUAUGUUACCGGGAUUGGAAAACGGAUGAAAAAGAACAUUGAGAGCUACAGGAUACAGGAAACAGAUGGCGAUUGCAACAUCAGAGCAGUUGUGUUUUUGACAAAAAAGAAGCGCACUAUCUGUGCCAAUCCAAAGGACAGCUGGGUGAAGGAACAAACAGGCUUUCUGGAUAGAAAAAACAGCAGAAGGGCUACUUAAAAGUGAGACGGAAGAGGAUAGAGAAAAGGGGUCGUCUAACCUUCCUGUCAGGCUUCGUUCAUCAUCUUUACUCACAUGGAUUGUGUUUCAGUUGUUAUUGUAUCUCCUUUUAUUGAGAGAGAAUGUAAAUCAUGUGCGCAGUCUUUUAUACCACAAACAUACUGUAUCCUGAAAACUAUAGCCAGUAUCAACAUCUUUUAUGAGCCAUUGAUAUGAGACUUUUCAGUUGUAUAGCCUGCUAAGAUUGAGCCACUCUUUGGCAGCUUUAAAAUGUAAGUGUCUGUGACCAAAAAAAAAGAAACACCUUAGUAAUAAGCUGAUUUUUCUUUUUUAUAUAUUCAUGUAUACAAUAGACAUACCUAAUUUUGUAUCUGCACUCUAAAUGUACAUUUAUUUUUCCUACAUCCAAUAAAAAUGACAAAAUCCAAAAA